AUUCAACUUUAAGCAUGGUUUUUUCUUUUUAUUGUUGAAGUUCAUUCAACGUUGUUCUUGCUUUCAGGAAUUGAAUAUUACGAAAAUUCCAAUUUAACGGGUUAAAAAAUGGGAGAGACAGAGGAAAAGGAAGAGAAAUUCAAGGACGCCCAAAAUGGAGAAGAAGAAAAGGACAAGAAAAAGAAGGAUAAGAAGGAGAAAAAGGAUAAAAAGGAAAAAAAGGAAAAGAAUCCUGAAGAUAAAAAUGAUCCAGCCAAACUAAAAGCCAAGCUUGACAAGAUUGGUUCCAAGAUUCAAGCACUCAAUGUAAAACGAGAAGAAAUCCUAAAACUUCUUGAAGAAGCCGAAGCCAAGGCUACGCCAUCAGCUACCGAGGCAUAAGCCUCUAUAAUGUAGUUACAUCUCGUAAGACUAUAAGAAGCUAAUAUAUACAUAUGUAUUCACAGGUGUUUUCUUUAAUAUUCUCUCAUCAUGCUUUAAGUGAGAAAGAUUUUGUUUAUAAAGUAAAUGACACUUGUUAGUGAAAGUCAAAUUGUCAA